UCAGCCCUUGCCUCUCUUACAGCUAAUUAUACAGACUCAGAGAAUGAAGAUCGUCCGGAAGAUUAUUCACCGGCAUCAGAAGCCUCGGAAGAAUCACUGAAUUUUGUUCCUGCUUCUAAAUCCGCCACCGGUAGUCCAGUACGUAAUAUCAGCAGAGAAGUAUCUGCAACACCACCUUUUGUGGGCCCCCCAACAAAACCUCAAAUACCUAAAAAGGCCCUCAGACUUGUUAGCUAUAAUGACAACGAUGAAACUCAAAUAUCGGAUGAGGAGAAUGUGUCCCUACAUUCAGAAAUCAGUGUUAUGGAUAUUUCAGAGGAAGAUGAACCAAUGGUAGAAAAAGAAUCCUAUAUUAAAGCAGAUCGUUUUGCAGAGUAUGGUUUUCAAUUACCUCCGGAACCCAAAGGCAAGUGUGCUCCGGAACUACAAGAGAAGAUCAAUAAUCUUUAUGAAAAAAUGAAAAAUAGCAGUAUGGACAUGAAUAAGAUAAUUCAGGAACGAAAAGAAUUUAGGAAUCCAAGUAUUUACGAAAAAUUAAUACAAUUCUGUGACAUCAAUGAGUUAGGAACAAACUAUCCUCCUGAAAUUUAUGAUCCUUUGCAAUGGGGUAAGGAGAGCUUCUAUGAGGAACUAGCAAAAGCACAGAAAGCUGAAAUGGAUAAAAGAGAGAAGGAAAAGAAGGAUAAUGCUAAAAUGGAGCAAGUAGCAGCUGCAGCAAGAAAAGCUGAAGAGGAAGCCAAGAAAAGAAAAUCUAAGUGGGAUCAGCCUGGUCCGUCAGCAAAUACAGCUCCUUUAAAACCUGCAGGAUUGAUCCAACCGUCAUCUCUUACGACAAGCAUCACCGGAACAAAAGGAACAGUAAUCUCUGCUUUUGGAUCUCUUCCCAAAAAGCCCAAAAUAUAAGCCGUCUAAGGUCUAAGUAAAACUAGCAGAUUUUUUUUUUAAAUUUAUUUCAAUAAUUCUUCGACAAUAGUUUUCUUUCACCGUUAUUUAGCAGUGAAAUUAUAUCAACUAUUUAAAAAAACAAUAAAGAGACAUCAUAAAAUUACCAACAAAUUUCUUAUAAAAUAAAAAUUAAAUUAUCAGAAAUUAAA